CCCACUAGUCAUCAUCCACAGACUCACGCCCAAGAUCAUGAAAGCAACACACCAGGCAGCUGAGCGAGAGGAUGUGGAAUGAUUCUCUGAGUGAGGGGGAGGAGUCUCUGUCUUCGUCUUACAGUUCCUCUGAGAAUGAAGCAGAAGAUGUCACUGCCUCACACGUGCUCACCUUGCAACAUGACCCUGAGGAAGGAACACAACAAAAGGUGGCUGGGGAGAAAACAGGUGAACCGUCACAGAUAAUGUCAGAUGAGAACGACCUCAAGAAGUCAGCUGAGGAAAGAGAUAGUGAAGAUUUUUUCAAUUCUGAUUGGUCGGGUGAAUUUCCAGAUCUCAAUGAUCCUUUGUGGGAGAGCCCCAACAAAGAACGGAGUAAAACAAAGUCUGCUAAGAAAAAGCAGCAUAAAAAGAAGAGGAAGAAGAAGAAGAAAGGAGAAGAGUGUGUGAAGAAGGUAGGAGAUGGAAAGUUAAUGAAGAAUGCCUUGAAGGCCUUUUUACACCAAAAGAAAAUGUAUAGAAGCACAAGUAAAGACAAGAGAAAACCAAAGGAGAGCAACUCGGUAUGGAUACAGCCGUCAACGUUGUGCGGACCUGAGCACGAGGGUCAUCAACUGUCCAGCGAGCCACCCAUCUCCGUCUGUACUGGCGAGUCUGCCACUCUUAGUUCACCAGUGAUGACAGCCCCGUCCAAAGAGCUAGAAUAUCGGGAGAGGAUAAAGGCUAACAUGGCUAAGACAAUAAAUGUGAAUGUAACGAAUGCAGAUGCCCAUACCUGUACUUCUAAUUUAGUAACUCACCAACAUAAAAUGUCAGACAGCUCUUCUGGUUAUGCUUCAAACAAGCCACAGUCCACCUUUGUUUCUGCUACGUCAGAGAGAACAUCAGCUGCCAUUCUCACAUCAGAGAGACCAUCAGCUGCCAUUCUCACAUCAGAGAGAACAUCAGCUGCCAUUCUCACAUCAGAGAGACCAUCAGCUGCCAUUCUCACAUCAGAGAAACCAUCAGCUGCCAUUCUCACGUCAGAGAGAACAUCAGCUGCCAUUCUCACAUCAGAGAAACCAUCAGCUGCCAUUCUCACAUCAGAGAGACCAUCAGCUGCCAUUCUCACAUCAGAGAGACCAUCAGCUGCCAUUCUCACAUCAGAGAGACCAUCAGCUGCCAUUCUCACGUCAGAGAGACCAUCAGUUGCCAUUCUCACAUCAGAGAGACCAUCAGCUGCCAUUCUCACAUCAGAGAGACCAUCAGCUGCCAUUCUCACGUCAGAGAGACCAUCAGCUGCCAUUCUCACAUCAGAGAGACCAUCAGCUGCCAUUCUCACAUCAGAGAGACCAUCAGUUGCCAUUCUCACAUCAGAGAGACCAUCAGCUGCCAUUCUCACAUCAGAGAGACCAUCAGCUGCCAUUCUCACAUCGGAGAGACCAUCAGCUGCCAUUCUCACAUCGGAGAGACCAUCAGCUGCCGCUGCCCCAAUUAAUGAUGAAAAAAAUGUUGAUUCAGAAGAUGAAGAAAGCAGUUCAUUUGAUUCCGAUAAAACUGUGGCUUUUGAGGAACCCGAGACAGUAUCUAGGGAAAGCAACAACUUACCAUUUAUUAUUAGUAAGAUAGAAACUCAAAAGAACGAAGUGAGCCAUGCUGUGGGUAUUGCAAGUAAUGCUGUCGAGUCAAACAAGAGAAAAUGGCAUGAGUCGGGGGGCUGGGAAGGUGAGGCCCUGGUUGAGAAUAGGAAAAAACUUAAGGGAAUUGACUCCUUUGUACCAAUGGUAACUCUUCCCUCCUCUGUCUUGACUAGUACAUUGUUUCCUCAUAGCGCCCUCUCCGGCACGACAGAGCCGUCAUCUGCUACCUCGUGUACUCUCCCUUCGCCUCAUCAGGAUUCUGGCACACAACCACCGCCUGCCACAAUGUUUUCUAAUGUACGGUUUGUAGUGAGAUCUCCACGACCCUUUCAUAAACGAAAGCCUCCUUCCAAUGCCCGGAAGAGCAUACAACCAAAGAAGCAGAACAUCCUUCCUCUGGAGGGCUUGUCACUGACGCUGGCAAAUGAAACCAACUUCUUGAAAAGCUCGCCAGAGACCACGGUGUCGUCAACUCUGCCGAUAAGUGAAAGGUGCGUCCCCAAAGUAGAGAGAGAAAGACGUUUGGAGGUGCCGGGGAAGGAAGUAUGUCUCGACACUCCUAUGGAACUGUGUAAGAGGUACUCCUCGGAGAUCUUGGCGAUAACGGAGAAGAAGAACGAGUGCGACGAGAAGAUCAGGAAGAUCAGAGAGAAGUGUGAUAAGGAAAUUGCAGCUGAGGAAGUGAAGAAGAAGCAGUACGAGAACAGGAUGGAGCAGUUGGUCAGCCUGAUGCGUCAGCUGCCCUCAACCACCAGUGAAAGACCAUCUGUGAUUGAUGCAG